AUGAUUAAUUCAUCAACUGAAGGUAAAUCUUCACCUUCAUUAGCAUUUUCUUCGACAAAUACUACUGCUGGUAAUGAUAAAACAAACAUUAAUAAUGGAAAUUCAACAUCAACAAUUAAUAAAGAUGAUCCAGAUUGGAAAUCAAAAUUGAACAUUCCAGAAAAAGAUAAUCGUGCUAGAACAUCGGAUGUUACCAAUACAAGUGGUCAUGAUUUUGAAGAUUAUUGUCUUAAACGUGAAUUACUUAUGGGCGUUUAUGAAAAAGGUUGGGAAAAACCAUCACCCAUUCAAGAACAUUCAAUACCCAUUGCUCUAACCGGUCGUGAUGUUCUUGCUCGUGCAAAAAAUGGUACAGGAAAAACUGGUGCAUACGCAAUACCUGUUAUUGAACGAAUCGAUCCAACUAAAAAUGCAAUUCAAGCUGUUAUCUUAGUUCCAACUCGUGAAUUAGCUUUACAAACAAGUGCUAUCUGUAUGGAACUUUCCAAACAUCUUCAUUUGCGUGUUAUGGUUACAACUGGCGGUACAGCAUUACGUGAAGAUAUUGCUCGUUUACAAGAAGUUGUUCAUAUUGUUAUUGCAACACCUGGCCGUUUAUUAGAUUUAGUUAAUAAAAGCUUAGCUAAAAUUGAUGCAUGUCGUGUAAUUGUAUUAGAUGAAGCUGAUAAAUUACUUUCACAAGAUUUUAAUCAUUUGUUAGAUGAUGUUAUUUAUCAUUUACCACAAGAUAGACAAAUUAUGUUAUAUUCAGCUACAUUUCCAUUAACUGUAGAUGAUUUUAUUAAGAAACAUAUGCGUAAUCCAUAUGAAAUCAAUCUUAUGGAAGAACUAACUCUCAAAGGUAUUACGCAGUACUACGCAUUUGUACAAGAACGUCAAAAGGUUCAUUGUUUAAAUACAUUAUUUUCAAAAUUACAAGUGAAUCAAUCAAUUAUUUUUUGUAAUUCAACACAACGUGUUGAACUUUUAGCUAAAAAAAUAACUGAUCUUGGUUAUUCAUGUUAUUACAUUCAUUCAAAAAUGCGUCAAGAUCAUCGUAAUCGUGUUUUUCAUGAUUUCCGUACUGGCCUUUGUCGUAAUCUUGUUUGUUCGGACUUAUUUACACGUGGUAUUGAUAUUCAAGCUGUAAACGUUGUUAUCAAUUUUGAUUUCCCAAAAUUAAGUGAAACAUAUUUACAUCGUAUUGGUCGUUCAGGUCGUUUUGGCCAUUAUGGUAUUGCUAUAAGUCUAAUAACAUAUGAAGAUCGUUUUUCAUUACAUAAAAUCGAACAAGAAUUAGGUACAGAAAUUCAACCCAUACCAAAACAAAUUGAUCCAUCACUUUAUGUUGCUGAAUAUCAAAUGGGUGGUGAAAAUACAAGUGAAAAACAACAAGAAAAUAAUGGAAAUGCUUCUGCUAAUACAAAAUCAUAA